AUGCAUCCGCAUCAAAUUCUGGUCAUCCUCGCUAUCCUAGCGGGUCUAGCUUACAGCUUGCAUGGUCCGAUUGAGCUCAACAACGCCAUCGAGGAACCCGUUACGAGCCAAGAUCAGUCCGAAAGUCUUCGUCUGAAACUCCGAGGUGUGACCAAGCAGCUUGACUACCAAUGUGGUCCGAGUUAUGGGUCAUGCCCUAGUGGCACUUGCUGCUCCAGUGCUGGCUUCUGUGGGACCUCCGUUGCUCACUGCCGUUCUCCCGACUGCAUGCUUAACUUUGGCACCUGCGACACAGACAAGUCCCCCGUGGGGCCACCCACAAAGGAAAUUCCCCGUCCUCACAUUGGCCGAGUUCCCUAUGGUCCACAGGAGAUCCGCUCGUGCACUGUCCCUGGAACAAUUGCUCUGACUUUUGAUGACGGCCCAACUCGUUACACCGGUGAUCUCCUUGACCUCCUUGACCGGUACGAUGCGCCAGCGACUUUCUUCGUUACUGGCAUCAACAACGGCAAGGGUCCGAUUGAUGAUCCGAGCCUGCCCUGGGCUGAACUCAUUGAGCGGAUGAUUAUCAGUGGCCAUCAAGUUGCCAGUCACACUUGGUCGCAUGAGGAUCUCAGCAAGGUGACACCUGAGCAGCGUGCCGACCAGAUGCUCAAGAACGAGGUCGCUCUUCGAAACAUUCUAGGCAGCUUCCCUACCUACAUGCGUCCACCUUACUCGAGUUGCCUUCCCGGUUCAGGCUGUCGAGAGGACCUUGGCGAUUUCGGAUAUCACAUCGUCUUGUAUGAUUUCGAUACCGACGAUUACAAGAACGACAGUCCGAACCUGAUUCAACUCUCCAAGGACAUUUUUGACCGAUUCUUGAAUGCCGGAAAUUCCAAGAUAAACUCCUGGCUGAUCAUUGCCCAUGAUGCCCAUGAGCAGACCGUCCACAAUCUCACCGAGCAUAUGCUGAAGACAAGUAAAAGACUGGGGUAUCGGCCUGUCACUGUCGGUGAUUGUCUACGUGACCCUCGCGACAAUUGGUACCGCGCCGACAGCACCUGGGUCGGACAAAAGAACAAGAAAAAGACUCCGAAGAAGGGUCCAAAGAAGUCAAAUGUGCCGCAACAAGUCUCCGUCGAUGGUACCUGCGGUGCAAACUACACUUGUCUCGGGUCGCGCUUCGGACUCUGCUGCGGCAGCAAUAAUGUCUGUGGAAACACUACUACCCACUGCGGCCAUGGCUGCAAGAAGGAAGCUGGAUACUGUGCCAUUCAUGUUCCCCCAAAUGGUGACGCCUGGGACCCUGUAUCCCCUGGAGGCAAGGCCGCGAAAUCCGAAGCGGACUCCAACGUUCGAGUCGUUGGGACUGCAGCUGCAACCUCGUUGGUUCUAGCUUUGAUCGUGGCCAUGUGGAUGUGA